UUCUUAAUCUGCUGAAUAAACUGAUGGCUUAUAAAAAUCCUCAAAUGUUGGCUCUAUGCAUAACAGUAGCAGUAAUGUUUCUUGGUGUGAGAUCAGACCUGAAGCAGGACCUAAAGGGAUGUCAGGAUGCCAUGUCUGAUCUCUACUCGUGUCUUCCUUUCGUAACAAACAAAGCUAAAGCUCCAGACUCAACAUGUUGCAGCACACUCAAGGUAAACAUAGACAAAGGGCAGACCAAGAAAUGUCUAUGUACUCUUGUCAAGGACAGAGAUGAUCCUGGUUUAGGGUUCAAAGUUGAUGCCAAUCGUGCAAUGAGCCUCCCUUCCGCUUGUCACGUCCCUGCAAAUAUCUCAAAAUGCCCAGAGCUUUUACAUUUGCCUCUAGAUUCACCAGCCUCUCAGAUAUUUAAGCAGUUCACUGAAUCGUCUCAGAAUGUUGGACAUAAAGCAGUGUCGAAAAGUACAAGCAUCAAAGGAAGUGGUAAGAAGCAAUUUGGUAUAGUGAUGGCUGGAGCUCUCUCAAUAUGGUGUUUAGUGUAAAAAUCAUCUCUGUAUUCUGAGCGAAUAAAUAAACACAUCCAUACGAAUCAUAUAAUCUAAUCUGAAGCAGAUGUAUUUAUCAUGGCUUGUUAAUAAAACUUAUUGAAAAACUCAUAGCAUCUGACUAGAGAUAUAUAACGAGAGAUUAGAACUCUUUGAAGCAUAUGUCAUAUACAAAGAGUUAUUUAGUUUUCCUGUUCAUAGAAACCCUUUGGCAAAAAAAAGAAAGAAAAGCUAAAACAGCAGCAAAUUCACAGUCACAGACAUGGGGCUAUCAUCAGCAAUUAUUAUUAUUCAUUUCAAAUCAGCGACGGAUCGAUCAAUCACUCUUUGUC